CCGAAACUAAAGUCGGCGCUUACUUGAACGUAUUGUAAACUUCGAGAAACGUUGGAAUGCAAGUUGAAUUGCAAAUUUUGAACGGUUUUCAAAAGAGCCAAAUAUUUGAAUACCAUGAAAGUACAAGAAAUAUAUGAGAAUAUCAAUCUAAAACUUUUCCACAGCUUACUAUCAAUGUAUUCUUGAAUAUGAAGUGAAAGUUUUCAUUAUAUGGAAGUCAAGAAUAAUUAUAGUUUGCCUUCUCAUAUAGUUGCACAUUUAAUGAUUUAAAUUGCCAAACACUUUUCCUAAAUAUGAAUAUGCAGCGACUUAAUUCAUCUUUUGAUGUUGUUUUGCAGUAUAGACAGGAAAUAGAUAAGCUUUCUGAAGUAUGCAUAACAAAACUUUAUUCCGAAAUAGAAAAGAAGAAGAACAUAUUGAUGGAACCAAAAUAUUCUAAAUAUUUGGAACAACAUAUAUAUAAUUUGUCAUUACAGUUAAAACAGUUUGAAAAAGUUAUUAGUAGUUUAAAAGCUCGACUAUCUUCUGUUUGUACCUCAGGGCUUGCAGAUGCCAUUCAGUGCUCAGGAAAGAUUCAAAAUGAACUUUUGUAUGAAUGCAAAUUAUUUGAAAAUUUCUUUCAAGCUUAUGCAUUUUGUGAUGAUGUAAUACAUUAUUUAAAAGACAAUGGAGUGACUAUCAUUGUUGCAGACAGUUCCUUUUGUUUUAACAUGGUUUUACCACCUUUAAUCCAAGUUAUGUUCCCACAAAAAUCUGUCAUAUCUUGUGAAAAUUGUGAUAUUUUGAAACUGAGACUUAGUAAUUGGUUAUCUAAUUUUUUGGGAGAAAAAAUUAAUACAAAUUUAUUUAAUGAAAAAGAACUUGCUAAUGACAUGUUGUGUCUUAGUGAAAAACAAUUGCUUAAUUACUUUGUAGAUAGUAGAUUUGUUGUUAAGCAAGCAGUUGUUAUUUUUAAUGUUCCCUUGGUGAGAUCAAUUGAAUCUGAUCUUUUGCUUUCAUAUCUUCGAGAUAUGAUUGUGGCCAAUAAAGGUUCAAGAUUGAUUUUAUUAAUAUCACCUCAUGCAGAUUUAAAGAAUUAUAAAAAAUAUUUCUCUAAAAUAAGAAGUGGUGUUCAGGUAUUGAAAACACCUUGCAUUUCUUUUCCUGUCAAAACUGUUUGGAAAAAGAACUCUUUAACUCCUUCAGAAGACUAUGUUUCUGAGGUUAAUCAUACUAUCACGAGUAUCCUUGCACUGCAUGAUUUUGGUGACAUUUUAGCAUUUCUUCCAGAUUUUAAUGAUUUGAAACAAGCUGAGGAAAUGCUGAGGAAACAAUUAAAAAAAUUUCAUUAUAAUGAUGUAGAGUAUUUUUUAAUUUAUGAAAAUGCCUCUUAUAAUUUAUACAAUAAUCUCUUGUUUAGUUCAAAAAGAAAAGUUUUUCUUACAACUGACUGUUCUGAGGCAACUAUUUAUCCAUCUGUGAAAUUCAUUGUUGAUAGUGGCAUUAGAAAAUCUAUGUUUUAUGACUAUUCAUUAAAAAAGGAGGCUUUAAAAAAUACUUUUAUUUCCUGCCCAAAAGCUAAGCUGCGAAAAAAUAUGGCAGGGAAAUUUGAUAGUGGAAUUUGUUAUAGAAUCUAUAACAAGGAGAAUUAUAUCAUGGAUAUGCCAAAAAAAGAUUGCCCAGAAAUGUUAAGACUGAAUCCCACCAAUACUUUAAUUAAAAUAAUCCAAUAUAGAUCUGGCAAAACCUUGCAGUUUGUAGAAUUCUUUCCAAAUCAUAUUUUACAUGAUGUAGUAAAUGAUCUACAAAAGUAUGAGGCCGUUAAAGGUAAUAGUUUAACUCCAAUGGGAAAAGAUAUGGGUAAGCUACCUUUUCAGUUAAAAUAUUCAAAAUUAAUUCUAUUAGCUUUGAAAAAAGGAUUUGCUUUUGAAUCAGUGGUGCUUGUUGCAUUCUUCUGCAAUAAACAAAGAAUUUUUUUCCGUACUGGAAAUGAAAUGCAGCAAAAAUUGAUUGAUGCUAUGAAACUUCAAUUAACUGUAAAUGAGAGUGAUACCUUUUUGUAUCUUUCCAUUUAUAAGGGCUGGAUAGAAAAUAAUUUAAGCUCUGAUUGGUGUAAAAAACAUUUUAUUAAUCCAAUUACCAUGAAAAAAAUACAUUCUUUUGUGAUAGAAAUUUGUAAUAUUGUAUAUAAUUGCCUUGGAAAAAAAAUUAUUUUGGAGUUUUCAGACUUUCAAAAUUAUUAUUUGGACUUUACUGAAAUCCUGUUUGAAUGUUUUUAUUCUGAUUUAUGUGUUUAUACAGGCCAUUUAAAAAGUGGUUAUAGAAUUUUAUCAUCUUCUCUCUUAGCUUCUAUUCAUCCAGAAUCGGUGAUUUAUCAAACUGAAAGUAAGCCACAGUUUAUUCUUUAUGAUAAAAUGAUUUGUAACAAGACAGUCAUGUUAUUUCAUAUUACAGUUGUGCCUAUUGAUAUAAUUAUGAAGGCACUAAUGAAUGGUAUGCUACCAUAUAAAAAUGAAGACUUAUUUGAUGCAACACUAACAUGCAGGACAAUUGAGCCUGUUGGAGAAGAACUGAUGAAUGAUUUGUUGCUUGGCCCAGAUGGAAAAAAGCUGAGAAAAAUUGAAGAAAGCAUUAAAAAGGAAUGUGGUAGUGAUUUGAUUUUUUUAGAAGUGUCUAUAAAUAAAGGAUGUGUUUAUGUUUAUGCAUUACCAGAUUACAUUGAUUUUGCCCAGUGUUUAGUUCAGGAUAUUUUGAAAAGUAAAUUUGAUGGUAUAUUAAGUGAGAAUCAGUUGGAAAUUUUGGAACUUAAAUAUAAUCAAAAUAAAAUUUGUUUUGAAAUAAAUUGGUCUAAAGGCGGUAUAGCUACAAAUCUGUAUCAAAAAUCUCAAGCUGAAAUAUUGAAUACUUUUUAUCAAGAUCAGACUGACAUAGACAUUUUAGAUAAUAUCACUGAUGUCCAAUAUUAUCCUUAUCAAUUAUUUAUUGCUUGGAUAAGGCGUCCUUGUUCUGGAAAAGGUUAUGUUAAUUUUAAUUCUGCAGAACAUUUCAGGAUUGCACGUAAAUUAGCUUUGAGAAGGAUUAGAAUUUUUGGAUGUGAUAUAUUCAUUCAAGCUAGUAACAAAAGGGAAAACCAGUUAUACAUUACAGGUUUGCCACCUGAAACAAAUGCUAAAAAGUUAAAACAAGAACUACAGCUUUUAAUACCUGAUUCCUUGAUUGAUAGCAUUGAAUUAGAAUAUAAGCCUCCAUUUACAAUGACAGAGGAUGAUAUAAUUGCAUUAAGAUCAAUGAUAACUGAUGUAUGUAAAGAAUUUACUGUUCUUGGUGAUUUUGAUGUGACUGUUCCAAAGCCAAAUCCCAAAGAUCUUGAUAUGAUACUCUAUAUUGAUAUGCUUGAUAAUGAAGCAUUGACUUUGAUAGCUGAGGUAUUGUCUGGCAUUGUUGUAAAAAAUAAGAAAUUCUUAUCUAAAAUUCUUUAUAACCUUGUUGUUAAAUGCAAUAAAGAACUUUGUAAAGUUCUAAAGCAUGCUUUCAUUGCUGAAUUGGAACAGGUCAAACAGUAUAUUAAAAAUUUUUCUGAAAAUGAUGAUAAUUUAGAAAUUGGUUUCAGUAUUGAUUUAGAGAGUGAAGAGAAAGCAUUGAUUAAAUUAUCAUCAAAUAAUAAUGAAAUAUUGUCUUUUUUGCAUAGGAAAGUUAAUGAUUUAUUAGCAGGAGAUAUGUUAAGUUCAGAAACAAUCAAGGAUUUAGAAAAUAUUUUUUUCUAUGGUGGGCAAGUAUGGCUUAAGAAUUUAGAACAAGCUGAAAAUGUACAUAUUGUGGUAGAUAAUAAAAUGAAAACACUUACUUUAUAUGGAUCUCAUGCUGCCUGCGAUAAAGCUAAAUACCAAAUUGCCCUGUUUCUUGAAGAUGCUGAAAACCAUGCGAUGCAGACUAUUUCUCUAACUACAGAAUUAAAUAGUAGUAUGUUAUUAAAAGCAAUCAUCAAAAGAUAUGGUGUGAAUUUGGAUAAUUUUAUUCAAUCUUGUGAUCUACAUUCAGCUACCUUGGAUAUUAAAGCACAUCUGCUACUUGUUCGAGGCAGUGCAAAAAGUAUUGAAAAAGCAGAAGAGUGUAUUAAGGCAUUAUCUAAUGAAUUAGAUAUAGUCAUCCCUGAUGUGGAACAGUCGCAUGAAAUCUGCCCAGUUUGUGUCUGUCCAGCAUAUAAUUUAACUUUUCGUCUUGAACACUGUGGGCAUUUAUAUUGUCUUGAAUGCAUACAAGCUCUAGUUGAACAAGCACAGUUUCCUCUUCGUUGUUGUGCUGAAAAUUGCUCUAAAGACAUAGUCGUAAAAGAUAUCAGGAAAAUUCUGAAAGAUGAUUCUGUUAAGAUCAAGACUUUACUUGAAAAAUCCAUGAAGGAUUAUCUUGAAAGGAACCGAGAGAAUAUUUUUUAUUGUCCAGCCCCUGACUGUUCAAUGUUUUUUUAUAAAAAGGAAUUAUCAGAUAAAGUGAACUGCCCUCUUUGUAAAAAUGACAUUUGUACCAAGUGCAAUGUCAUAUAUCACGGAGGAUAUACUUGUGAUAUGUAUCAGAAUUCAAAGAAAGACCCAGACUAUUCAUUUAAGGUAUGGCAAAAAUCUACUGUGCAAUGUAAGCAAUGUCCAAGAUGCAAAACUGCUAUUGAAAAAAUUGCUGGAUGUAACCGUAUGACAUGUAGUUCUUGUAAUGGAACAUUCUGUUGGAUAUGUUUGCAAGCAUUUGCCAGUGAUAAUGAAGUUUAUAAUCACAUACAUUCUGUUCAUAGAGGAAUGUUAUUUAUUUAAAAUAAUAUUUAAUAGUCAUAUCUGAAAAGUUAUUAAAAUAAUAAUAAAUGAUACCUUGCCGAAAGCCUUUUAUAAUGAAUUAUUUUUUCAUAAAUUUUAAAGCUUUAUAAAGAAUAAUUCAUUAUGAAUUAGUCAUGUGAAUUAUGACAUGAAAAUCUGAUUAAUCCACAUGCAUGUCUAUGUUCAUACAAUAGUUAAAUAUAAAUAUAUAGCUUACAAAUAAUUCUGAACUUGCAUAUAUUGGAACAAUUUUUCUUAAUUUGUUAUUCAGCAUAAUUAUAUUAAUUUUUAAAAAAAUUGAGCGAUUUGAUAAAUUUGUCUUUCAGGUGUGGCAGAAAACUACUACUCAGUGUAAGCAAUGUCCAAAAUGCAAAACAGCAAUUGAAAAAAUUGCUGGAUGCAACCACAUGACCUGUGUUUCUUGCAAGGGAUCUUUUGAUUGGGUGCGUCAAGGAAUUGC